CCUCUUCUUCCUUCUUCACUCUCAAUCUUCUUCUUCACUGCAACACAAAUGGAGAAAUCAUCCUCAAUCAAACAAUGGAAGAAGGGUCCUGCUCGGGGUAAAGGCGGUCCACAGAACGCUCUUUGUCAGUACCGUGGAGUCAGGCAAAGGACGUGGGGCAAAUGGGUAGCUGAGAUCAGGGAGCCCAAGAAGAGGGCAAGACUUUGGCUUGGAUCUUUCGCUACAGCUGAAGAAGCAGCCAUGGCUUAUGAUGAAGCUGCCCUGAAACUCUAUGGGCACGAUGCAUACCUCAACUUACCUCAUCUUCAGCGGAAUACGAGACCUUCUCUGACUAACUCUCAGAGGUUCAAAUGGGUACCUUCAAGGAAGUUUAUAUCUAUGUUUCCUUCUUGUGGUAUGCUAAACGUGAAUGCUCAGCCUAGUGUUCACAUUAUCCAGCAAAGACUAGAGGAACUUAAGAAAACUGGACUUUUAUCUCAAUCCUAUUCUUCUAGUUCUUCCUCCACCGAAUCAAAAACUAAUACUAGCUUUCUUGAUGAAAAGACCAGCAAGGGAGAAACAGAUAAUUUGUUCGAAGGUGGUGAUCAGAAGAAACCAGAGAUCGACCUAACCGAGUUUCUUCAGCAGCUAGGAAUCUUGAAGGAUGAAAAUCAAGCAGAACCAAGUGAGGUAGCAGAGUGUCAUUCCCCUCCACCGUGGAACGAGCAAGAAGAAACUGGAAGUCCUUUCAGAGCUCAGAAUUUCAGCUGGGAUACGCUGAUCGAGAUGCCAAGAACUGAACCUACAACUAUGCAAUUCGACUCCAGCAAUUUCGGAAGCUAUGAUUUUGAGGAUGAUGUAUCUUUCCCUUCCAUCUGGGACUACUGCGGAAGCUUAGAUUGAGUACAAGCAAUUCAUGGUAGAUCAGAUUCAGAAGAACGCAAAUGGUUUUGGGUUUAGUGUAGUGUUCUGGAAUAGAGACAUAGGUAGUAAGAGACUAAGAGUGCAGUCUAUUAUUAUGCAGCAAUAAAGUGAGUCAUUGUACUUCUGAAUAUGAACUGAGUUGUUCGCUUUUUUUGGGAUAUUAAUGAAGCAUGGUCACUUUU